UAAAUCACUCACAGUAAAUACAGCACCUCCCAAAUUUUUUGGCGCAGCUAUAUUGAUUGUGAUCACGAAUUCUUCUUCAGCAAUGAGCGGGCCUACGCUGCUCUCGGAUCUCGGAACCGAGAUUGCCAUCCCAAUCUGCGCCCUCAUCGGCAUAGCCUUCGCCGCCCUGCAGUGGCUGCUUGUCUCCAAGGUCAAGCUCUCCACCGCCGCCGCCUCCAAAAAUGGAAUCACCGAUCCGCUCGUCGAGGAGGAGGACGGCGUCGCCGAUCACUCCGUCGUCCGCAAGUGCGCCGACAUCCAGGCCGCCAUUUCCGAAGGUGCAACAUCAUUUCUUGUAACGGAGUACCAGUAUGUUGGUAUAUUCAUGAUUGCUUUUGCCAUAUUGAUCUUCCUUUUCCUUGGUUCCGUGGAAGGAUUCAGCACGGAGAGCCAACCUUGUACAUAUGACAAGACCAAAGUGUGCAAGCCUGCACUCGCCACAGCAGUUUUUAGUACCAUAUCUUUCCUUCUCGGUGCUAUUACAUCUGUGGUUUCCGGCUUUCUUGGAAUGAAGAUUGCAACCUAUGCAAAUGCCAGAACAACUUUGGAAGCUAGGAAGGGUGUCGGAAAGGUGUUCAUCAUUGCCUUUAGAUCUGGCGCAGUUAUGGGAUUUCUCCUUGCAGCAAAUGGUCUUCUUGUUUUGUACAUUGCCAUCAACCUUUUCAAGUUAUACUAUGGCGAUGACUGGCAAGGCCUGUUCGAGUCAAUAACUGGCUACGGGCUUGGUGGAUCUUCAAUGGCUCUGUUCGGUAGGGUUGGUGGAGGUAUCUACACGAAAGCUGCUGAUGUAGGAGCUGAUCUUGUGGGGAAAGUUGAACAGAACAUCCCAGAGGAUGACCCGAGGAACCCUGCGGUAAUUGCUGAUAAUGUGGGCGAUAAUGUUGGGGAUAUUGCUGGUAUGGGUUCGGAUCUCUUUGGUUCGUACGCAGAGUCUUCCUGUGCAGCCCUUGUUGUUGCAUCAAUCUCAUCUUUUGGGAUCAACCAUGACUUGACUGCUAUUCUAUAUCCUCUGCUAAUCAGCUCUAUCGGAAUACUUGUUUGUCUGCUGACCACAUUGUUUGCAACUGAUUUCUUUGAGGUCAAGGUUGUGAAAGAAAUUGAGCCAGCACUGAAGAAGCAACUCAUUAUCUCAACCAUAUUUAUGACUGUGGGAAUUGCUAUUGUUAGCUGGAUUGCCCUACCCUCUUCCUUCACGAUAUUUAAUUUCGGGGAGCAAAAAGUAGUUAAGAACUGGCAACUGUUCCUGUGUGUGGCUGUUGGUUUGUGGGCUGGCCUCAUUAUUGGAUUUGUUACAGAGUACUAUACAAGCAAUGCUUACAGCCCUGUACAAGAUGUUGCUGAUUCAUGCCGUACUGGAGCAGCAACCAAUGUCAUUUUUGGACUUGCUCUAGGAUACAAAUCAGUUAUCAUUCCAAUCUUUGCCAUCGCAAUUAGCAUUUUUGUUAGUUUUAGCUUUGCUGCAAUGUAUGGUAUUGCUGUAGCUGCCCUCGGGAUGUUGAGUACAAUUGCGACUGGCUUGGCGAUCGAUGCAUAUGGACCCAUCAGUGACAAUGCUGGGGGUAUUGCAGAGAUGGCCGGCAUGAGCCACAGUAUCCGAGAGAGGACUGAUGCCCUUGACGCUGCAGGGAACACCACAGCAGCGAUCGGAAAGGGGUUUGCAAUCGGCUCGGCUGCUCUUGUGUCCCUUGCACUCUUUGGUGCAUUUGUGAGCCGUGCUGGCAUUUCUACUGUAGAUGUUUUAACUCCGAAAGUGUUCAUUGGUCUACUCGUGGGUGCUAUGCUCCCUUACUGGUUCUCGGCCAUGACGAUGAAGAGUGUCGGUAGUGCUGCUCUGAAGAUGGUUGAGGAAGUGCGCCGGCAGUUCAACACCAUCCCAGGGAUCAUGGAAGGCACAACAAAGCCCGACUAUGCCACAUGCGUCAAGAUCUCCACAGAUGCAUCUCUCAAGGAGAUGAUUCCUCCGGGUGCACUUGUCAUGCUCACACCCCUGAUUGUGGGGAUUCUGUUCGGCAUUGAGACCCUUUCCGGUGUCCUUGCUGGAGCUCUCGUCUCCGGUGUUCAGAUUGCAAUUUCUGCAUCCAACACUGGUGGUGCUUGGGACAAUGCCAAGAAAUACAUAGAGGCUGGUGCUUCGGAGCAUGCCCGGACUCUUGGUCCUAAAGGGUCCGAUGCACACAAGGCAGCCGUGAUUGGGGACACUGUUGGUGACCCACUGAAGGACACGUCGGGGCCAUCACUGAACAUCUUGAUCAAGCUGAUGGCGGUAGAAUCGCUCGUAUUCGCCCCUUUCUUUGCCGUCCAUGGCGGCCUGCUCUUCAAGAUCUUCUGAAGUAAGGCAAUAUAACUCUGCUCUGCUUCUGUUUAUAGCUUAGUGUUAAUAUAUUAUGGAAAUUUUUUGCAGUAUACUUUCAGAUUUCAUUUGUUUUUCCGUAUCUCUUGUUUUAAGUUGUUGCUGCAGAUCUAACAAGUUGAAACUAAAAAUAUGGAUAUUUUGGUGAAGUAAUUGUUUGUUGGUUUACUGAUUCA